CUCAUACAAAAAUAUACUUAAAACCAUCGCUAUUCUCUCUUGCCAUGGUUCGCCCCGAUCGUCGUACUGAAAACACUCAGCUGCGUGCAUUUGCAGCAUCACAAAACGUUCUCAACAGAGCUGACGGAUCAGCCAAAUUCGACUUUGGCAAUACCUCUGUUCUCGUAUCAGUUGUAGGCCCAGUAGAAGUUCAAUUACGCGACGAAAAACUCGAUGAAGCUACAGUUGAAGUAGUAGUUAGACCAGCAGUUGGAUACCCCUCUACAAAAGAAAAGUUGAUGGAAUCUAUGCUUCAAUCCGCAUUCGAACCUGUCAUUAUGGGUGGAAUCAUGCCCCGCACAUUGUUGCAGAUCGUCGUUCAGAUCGUCAAGGAUGAUGGAGCGGUACUAGCAGCAGCUGUAAAUGCUGUAACAUUGGGAUUGUUGGAUGCAGGAAUUCCAAUGAAGUACAUGGCAUCUGCUCUGACAUGUAUGAUCCACAAGGACAGCCAUGACCUUGUUUUGGAUCCUACUGCCGACGAAUUGGAAAACGCAUUAUCUGUUCACACAUUCGCAUUCGAAAACCUCCACAACACCCCUCAUGUAUUGUUAUCAGACUCAACUGGUCGAUUCAGUGAAGAAGAAUAUUUUACUAGCCAUGAUGUAUGCUUUGAGGCAGUAGAUAAAGUACAAGGAUUUUUGCGGACGGCCGUAAUUAGCAAAAAAGAAAAAGAGCAACAGCAAACAAUUGGUCAAUAA